AUGCUCUGGACAAAUAUAUUCCUACUUCUUGCCAAAUCCUUUCACCGUGCCAUGCGCCAACGCCAACUCAAAUGCCGUGAACUUGAUGUAGUCGCUUGCCUGCCAAAGAUAACUGUCCAUGUGCAUGAAAGGAUGUGGGACACCGGGAUAUCUCUUGAAGACAACUUCGUUUCCGUUGGUCAAGAGUUUGCAGGCAUAAGCCUCGCCCUCGUCUCUCAUGGGAUCACAGCCAGCGGUGAUGACGACGGUUUUCGGCAAGUUGGCGAAGCUGGGGGCCUGGAAAACGUCCUUGAACCAGCCCACCUCGGCCAUUUUCUGUUCUCUCUCGGCCUUAUCUUGGGGAAAAGUGUCCCACUUGAGCUUGUCAAAGUACUUGAUGCGGGCCCAGUUCAACGUGGGCGCAAACUCGAACUCUCUCACCGAGCCAAAAGGCGAGUCCUGCGCCGUUUCACAGCUCUCGACAUCUGCCACCUGUGGUGUUCCGGCCAAGCAGAGAACAAGCGGAAUCUUUGCGUCUCGGGCAAGAUGCGACACAAUAAAGGCAAUGUUUCCGCCCACGGAAACGCCGCCGAUCGAAAUGGAUUCUUUGUUGAACUUCAAAGCAGCACUGUUCUCGUGCACAUACUUCAACGCCCAAAAGCAGUCUUUGAUGUAGGUCGGAUACUCGUAGUCAGGAACCAAGCGGUAAUCCACAUCCACCACGGCAAUGCGGGCCAGGCUCACGUAGUGGCAGAGAAUGUGUUUCUCUGUUUCCAAGUCGCCCAAACCGCCGCCGCCGCCGUGGAAAUCGAUAUGGACCGGAAGAACUUCGUCUUCAGAAACGUCGUUCGGCCUGUAGAUUCUGAUCUUGACCUGGGCGCCAUCAAAAGAGGGGAAAGUUGUCUCCUUGACGUUCUUGAUUUCCGGGUACUCUCCUGUGCCGUAGGAGUAUAUCUUGGAGUAAUUUGCUCUGAGCUUGACAAGAUCAAUCGGCUUGUUGGGAAUGUUGGCCACGUGCUGGUUGUACAUUUCCACAAACACCGGGUCCAUCUUUGGAAGAACAUCGGGAUGGAUCGGGUUGACUGCCUCAUGGGAUUGUGUCAUUUUGAAGUGGCGACAACAAGUAUGGGGGCCGGGCCAUUAUAUAUUAUAUGGGCAAAUUCCGCUCCAGCAGGAAACGGUUUUCCACCGGCGGCUUUUCGCGGUUUGCGACGCAUGCACGAUAAGCUCCAUGCACGUCUAUCUGCGGAAAACCUGCAGGGCCUUCUCUAUAAGAUAAUGCCCAUUCCGCCAAAAACGUUCCAAAACUUCCGCAAUACGUUUCCCAUUGCUUCAUGA